AUGGCCAUCGCGCUGCUCUGCGCGCUCCGGUCGGGCGACGCCGGCGUGCGGGAGUGGAAGUGGCGCGGCGCGUGCCGGGGCGGUCACUUCCCCCGAGAGGACGUCGUCGUCGGGUACCACCGCGCCGUGCUCCUCGCCAAGUACACGUGGCAGCCUGUAGAGAAUGCUCAACCUCGGAAGGAUGGAAUAAAGGGAACUUACAGAGUUGAUGUCGACAUUCCUGCUGACGAUUGGGUAAAUAUCUCCAAGUUUUAUGACGUGCUCAUUUUCAACACUGGACACUGGUGGGGUUCGUAUAAAUUCCCAAAAGAGAACCCCCUUGUUUUCUACCGAGGAGGAAAACCAAUUGAGCCUCCACUCAGCAUCUUUGAUGGGCUGAAGGUAGCCCUCAAAAGUAUGGUCUCCUACAUCGAAAGGGAGGUCCCAAGUAAAACCCUGAAGCUGUGGCGCACGCAGUCACCAAGGCACUUUGAUGGAGGCGAAUGGGAUCACAACGGCAGCUGUGUGUCUAACAGGCUCCUGCAAGAACAUGAGCUCGAUUCCUGGUUUGAUCCGAGGUUCGGGGGAGUGAACAAAGACGCGAGACUAGUGAACUCAUUGCUCCAGGAAGCGUUAGUCGACACAGACAUCCUGCUGCUCAACCUGACCUACAUGAGUGAGUUCCGCGCCGACGCCCAUCCGGCUGUCUGGCUCGAGAAGAAGGACGAGGCGGCCGUCUGGGGGCAGGACUGCAUGCACUGGUGCCUGCCUGGUGUACCGGACACGUGGGUUGAUAUCUUGGCUGCACGGAUCUUGCACUACUUCAAGCAGGGCAAAGGUUGA